AUGAAGCUCCAGCGCUCACUUGUCAUCGUCCUCGUACUGGCCUUCGCGGCCACCGCGAGCGCGGGUCGUACGCACACCAAGAAGCUCACCGAACCCAUGCCGUUCGGCUCAGAUAUCCUGGAUACCGGCAAGGAGACCGACCCGUCCGAUAUCCAGGCGGACAUCGCCCUCCUCCCCGCCCUCGCAGAGGGUGUGAACGCGCGCGUCAAGACGUUCUCGGUGGGCCUGGACCCGAUGCACGAACAGACCGCCGCCGAGUGGUUCGAAUCGCUGGGAUACCGGACUCUCACGGGCGACGUCAAGUACGUCAAGGGAUACUGGGGCGGAACCAGAGCGGAGGCGGACCCGCGACUCGGGGCGUCGUUUUGCCAGGGCGCCGCGGACCUCGCGCCGACGCAGGAUUACGAUUUCGCCAACUGGCUCCCGGUGCCCAACGUGCUGGACGAGCUCGCGUCGACGUACCCCGACGCCAAGUUCCUCCUGUUCGAGUCCGAACCCGGCCGAUGGCUCGACAACGUGUACAUCAAGGCGCAGGAGGCGGCGCUGAGGGGCGCCAAGUGCGGCUGCGGCGGCGACGUCGAGGACCGGGUCGACAACGCCAAGUGUCGGCUCGGCGACGAGGUCCACUUCUGCGACGUGUACCCGUGCGUGUACGAGCGGACGUUCACCACCUCCGCGGUGGACCCCAGCGCGUGGGUGGACACGUACGUGCGACACGUGAAGAACGUCAAGCAGUCGCUGGGUUCCAGGCUGCUGGUGGUGGACAUGGAGACGCCGCAAUCGCCAAUCGCGGUGUCCCAACAGAUCGCUUCGCACCUGGGAUUGUCGGCAAACCCGGAAGCCUUCGCGCUGGCGCACCCGUUCGAGCCUCACGUGCUCGCGCACGUCAGCGAGCACAGGUGGCUGGUGUUCUGGUUCGCGUGCGUCGGGGCGCUGGGCGCGGCUAUCCUGUUCGCGCCGUCGCCUUUCACCGACGGCGGCGCCCGCUUCUACCGCGACAUGGCCGAGAGGGUCUAA